AACAAUAACAAGAUCUACUGAAUCGUGAAGGGAACAAGAAAGAUACAAGACGUCCGGACUGAUGAGCAACAAAUAUCAGGUUUAGGAUACGAGCCCAUGUGAACACUUGAUUGAACAGAACAUCUUAGAUUCUGCUCACAACAAAGAACACAAUAUCAACAAGCUCUUGACAGUACUUUAAGUUCGUUCUGGAAAAACAGGAAAAUGACUCGGGCGGUUAUACAUACAUCAUGUGGAAAAUAUAUCCUUUAUGCUUUGAACUUCAUGGUCAGUAUUGGCGGUGCCGCCCUACUUGGUAUAGGAAUAUGGCGACUUCUGGAUGAAACACGGUUAAAUUUGGAAAGAUAUGUCGUUGAGCCAAAUUCCGAUGUUAGCAAAUUUAUGGCAUCAUACGUGCAGAUAUUCCUCAUGUUAUUAGGGGCCGUCACCCAUGUGAGCUUUGCCAUGUAUGGAGUGUGUGGAGUGAUUAUUAAAAGCAGGAUGAUGCUGGCGGGCUAUCUUUGUCUUUUGACGGUUGUAAUGACGGGAUAUGUGGUAGUAGGAGUGCUCGGCGUUCGGGCUCUGGCGGAUAACAUUCACCCCACCCUCCAUAACAACCUUUACAAUAAGUUCACCGAGCGUAAGAGUUUCGGCUGGAAUGUCAUUCAGAAACAAUAUAGUUGCUGCGGGGUGGACAGUGUGCACGAUUUUAACACGACCAAAUGGUCAGAGGAUACUGGGAAACUAUUCCCCAUCUCCUGCUGUAUCAAACCUAAGAACCCUAAACCCAAAUUCUCCGAGGUAUGCGCGGCUGGGAAACUUACAACAGUCGCCUUCAGGAGUGGAUGUUACAGGCAGAUAUCACGGUGGUACGUUGAGUUUUGCUUUGUGCUCAUUGGUUGCGGAUUCGCUUGUGCUGGGAUUCAACUUAUCACCUACAUUGCUGCUAUCAUGAUGUGCUUCAGCAAACGUGCCAGAAGUUAUGAUAUCAAUAGAUAGUCGGCGUGCUCGUCAAUUCUAAAAACCACCGUGUUGGCCAAUGGGAUACUUAGCCGAGCCGGCGAGGAUUGUCAGUUUUCGCAAUUCUACUUGAUUUGUGAUGCUGAUGUUGAAGGAUGAGCUGGCCUGAAAAUAAAACUGAGAAUAAUAUUAUUCUACAUCCGUCUUCGCAUAAUAUUCUUUAAAACCGAAACCAACGAAUUCGAUGUGAAGACUUUCCUCAUAUAUAUGUAAAUGUGUUAUUGUAAUUUGAAAUCAAGUUUCUUACGCCACAAUUUAACUAUACUUUAGUGACAAUGGACUAAUGAUAAAACAAAAAUGAUGAGCUUUUAUAUAUUUCAAAACUUAACUAUCGGUCUACACACUGAUGGUCU